AUGGCUGUUGUGGACCCGUGGCACAUGCAGCCUUCAGCUUCUCCUGCACACCUGGUUACUAUUGAUGCUCACUCAAAUGAGAAGUCUGUGUUUGAGGACAGGGAAGAACUAGAUAGCACCAGAUGCCGUGGUAAUGAAUUCACCCAAGGCGUUCAUCACCGUUUUACAUGCACCCCAUCCCACCUGCAGGUCACAGGCUUCAGACUGCCUCCUCCUGACCAUAGCGAGCACAGAACUGCCCACUGUUUCCACGCCAAAGAGGAUUUCCCAUAUUCUGAGGCAACACUUCUUUUCCGCCCUCCACCAUCUGUUUCUGAAGAGGAUCCUUUGCUCCUUGUGUCCAGGACUCAUCAGGAUGUCAACUGUAGUGUGGGCUUUCAGGUCACACUCUCAGACAAAGAAGGUUGUGGUCAAGGUUUCACUGAUGGGGUGUACCAAGGAAAACAGCUUUUCCAGUGUGAUGAGGACUGGGGUGUGUUUGUUGCAUUGAACAAACUGGAACUCAUGGAAGAUGGUGACAAUGGAUUGGAAAGUGAUUUUGCGGGCCCAGGAGAUGCAGUGCAGGAUAACCCCAUUGACAACUGGGGAAGGUUUGAUGGAGUACAGCUCUGUAGUUUUGCAAGUGUUGAAAGAACAAUUCUCCUGCACAUCAACGACAUCAUUCCAGAUCACGUGAUACAGGAAAGGAGGCCUCCCAAACUUGCCUUUAUGUCAAGAGAUGUCGGUGACAAAGGUUCAUCUAGUCCUAAUAAACCAAAGGUUCCAGGAUCUACCUCAUACCCUGGAAGCAGAAACAUAUCUGAAUUAUUUUAUACCUUAAAUGGGUCAUCUGUUGACUCACGACAACAAUCCACAUCCAAAAAUCCAUGGUACAUUGAUGAAGUUGCAGAAGACCCUGCAAAGUCACUUCCAGAGAUGGCUUCAGACUUCAGACAUUCCUCACCUCCACUUCAACCUCCUCCCAUGAACUCCUUGUCUAGCGAGAGCAGACUCCACUCCUAACCCUUCAGCUUGACAAAGAUGCCCAACACUAACGGCAGCAUGGCUCGCAGUCCACUCUCUCUGUCAGUGCAGUCUGUGAGUGAGCGGAACAGCACGCCUGCCCAGGAUAGGCCACCCUUGCCCAGCUCUUCUGGGAAUGCACACAGGCUAGAGGUAGGCUUACUGACUGAAGUAAAAAUGAACAACCCUCCACCCCAGUUCCGUGAGGUUAUCCGUUGGAUUGGCCAGCCACCAGGGCUCAGUGACGUGCUAGCUGGGCUGGAACUGGAUGAUGAAUGCACAGGUUGCACCGAUGGAACUUUCAGGGGCACGCGCGAUUUCACCUGUGCUCUGAAGAAGGCACUGCGUGUGAAAUGGAAGAGCUGCAGACCAGACUAUGGGUUUGCAUCCUCGCAGACUGUUUCCAAUCAUGAAAGGGGUAGCUCUUUAGCAUUUGGAGGCUACUGAAGUGAAGUACUAGAAGAAAAUACUCCACCUAAAAUGGAAAAGGACGGUUUAAAGAUAAUGAUUGGAAAGAAGAAAGGCAUCCAAGGCCAUUGCAAUUCUUGUUACUUAGACUCAACUUUUCUCUGCUUGUUUGCUCUUAGUUCUGCCCUGGACACUGUAUUACUUAGACCCAACGAGAAGAAUGAUACAGAGUGUUAUAGUGAGACCGAGCUACUAAGGACAGAGAUAGUUAUUCCUCUGAGAAUAUAUGGAGGUGUGUGUGCCGCAAAGAUUAUGAAACUGAGGAAAAUACUUGAAAAAGUUGAGGCCACAUCAAGAUUUACCUGAGAAAAAGAUCCUGAAGAAUUUCUAAAUGUCCCAUUUCAUGAUAUUUUAAGGAUGGAACCAUUGCUAAAAAUAAGGUCAGCAGGUCAAAAAGUUUAAGACUGUAACUUCUAUCAAAUUUCUAUGGAAAAGAAUGAGAAAGCCGGAGUACCCACAAUUCAGCAGUUAUUAGAAUGGUCUUUUAUCAACAGCAGCCUGAAAUUUGCAGAAGCACCAUCAUGUUUGAUUAUGCAGAUGCCUCGGUUUGGAAAAGACUUUAAACAAUUUUUUUUAAAAAAAUUUUCUUCCCCAGAAUUAAAUAUAACAGAUUUACCUGAAGACACUCCCAGGCAGUGCCUCUUCUGUGGAGGACUCGCAAUGUAUGAGUGUAGAGAGUAGAUGCUAUGAUGACCGGACAUCUCAGCAGGGAAGACCCAGCAGUUCUAUAAGACCUGCAGCACCCAGGUUCACCUUCAUCCCCGAAGGCUGAAUCGUACUUAUCAUCCUCUUCCCAAAGACUUGCACUGGGACUGGGGACAUGGAUGCAUCCCAUGUCAGAAGAUGGAGUUAUUUGCUGUUUUCUGCAUAGAAACGAGCCAUUCUGUUGCUUUUAUGAAGGACGGGAAGGGUGACUCUGCCUGGCGCUUCUUUGACAGCAUGGCUGAUGGAGAUGGAGGUCAGAAUGGCUUCAACAUUCCACAAGUGACACUCUGCCCAGAAGUAGGGAAGAUGUCUCUGGAGGACCUGCACUCUUUGGACUCCAGAAGGAUUCAAGGCUGUGCACACAGACUUCUUUGCGAUGCAUACAUGUGCAUGUACCAGAGUCCAACCAUGAGCUUGUACAAAUAACCAUGCCGAGACCGAGCAGACUCCAGUGCCGUGGCUUCCUCAGCUGGCCAUUCUGUCUGGCGCCCAUUGCCGGCAAUGGGUGUCUCUUGGGAUGAGGCCCUUCAGCAAAGGACUCCUGUGUUUCCGAACAAAUUGCUUUUGUGUUCCUGAAGUAUUUAAUAAGAAGCAUUUUGCACUCUAGGAAGUAUGUUUGUGUUGAUUUUUUAAGAAGUCUAAAUGAAGUUAUUAAUAUCUGAAACUUUAAGUUAACUGCAUUGAUAUGAUAUUUUUGGAAGCAUACAAUUUUAAUUGUGACGUCUAAACCUCUUUUAGUCCAUUGAGGAUGUAAAUAAAUAUUUCUUCUUAUGGACCAAGGAUAU